UCUUGGACUCUUGGCAUUUGUGAAGAAUGGGCAGCCGUGGGCAGCCGUGGUGUACUGGUUAGGGCUUCGGGCUUGUGACCAGAGGGUUGCCGAUUCGAUCCAAGGCACCUAACUCCUUACUGCUCCCCGAGCGCCGCUGGUUGGGCAGGCAGCUCACUGCUCUUGUAGACCAUCAUGGCAUCUAUUGACCAGCUCUUCAAAACUCUAGAUGAGUUGAAGUCUGCGGAGCUCAGCCGGUUCAGGACCUACCUGUCUGAGGUCGACAGCGUUGUGGAGGCGUUUGAGCCCAUCCCCAGAGGAAAGCUGGAAAACAGUGAUGCUACUGAUGUUGCGUCUAAGAUGAAACAGGCGUAUGGAGAGGAAGGCUCGGUGAAGAUGACUCUGACCAUCCUGAGGAAGAUGAAUCUGAAUCACCUUGCAGACAAUCUAGAGAGCGAAUCAAGGAAAAGUCAUGCACAAGGGGAGCAGCAUGAGGAGAGCACCAUCACCCAUGUGGCCAACGGCUCAGGGGCACCCGUCCAGCUGUACUACAGCACGGACAUCCGGCGGCUGAGAAGAGAGGUGGUGCCGCAUUCAACCAGAGGGGACGACACUGUGAGGGUGAACUUUAAAGAUGAGACUGUCAGUUUUGAACGGAUCCCGAGAGACCGUUUCGCAAAACUUGACAUACGUGGGCCAAUUUACGUCAGCGUCUAUGUGGAGAGCAACAGCUCCAGUGAUGGAUACGUGCAGAAAAUAGUUGAAAAGAAAGAAGUCCCCAACAACAGGUCCUUCAUUGUGACCAAAGACUACCACUUCAAGUGGCAGGCACUUGGGGAAGACAUUUGGCAGGACGAGCAGGGCGAAGAUCACAAGCCACGCUGAAAAGAAAAGAGCACGUUCGACGGUCAGCGUUCUUUUGAGUGCACACACUAGAUGGACUGGAGGAGGAACAUGAAGAGAAUUCCAUGUGACCAGAGACUACAUUUUUAAGUGGCAGAAAUACAGAGCAAAUAUUUGGGAAGAUGAGGAGGGCAACAAUCACAUGCCACACUGAAAAGAAAAGAGCGCACUCAGCGUUCAGCGUUCUUUUGAGUGCACUCACUGGGUGGACUGGUGGAGGAACAUGAAGAGAAUCCCAUGCUGAGUGGAAAUAUGGUGAAUGUAGACUUCACAAAUCAUUUUAGACAAUUAUUGGCGUAUUAUAUUUUCUAAAAAUAUGUGGUCUUUUUUGGCUAUAUUGUUCAUUCAUUCAUUCAUUCAUUUCUUGAAAAUAAAGCCUUUUUGUUUUUAUUUUAAACAUGUCUUCAACUGAACAAUCACCAAGUCAUCCGACUAUAAACACAGAUUUAAAAUGUAUAAACUCAUGUCAUCUAUGUAAACCCUGUUGUGAUGCUGAGAUUGGAAAUAUUAAAGGGGCGGUGAAGAACUUUGGCCCCAGGACC